AUGUCCUCCGCAAUUGCAUCGAAGAACCUGUACGAGUUGCUGGGCAACACCGAGGACCAAGAUCCUGAUCGGGCUCCGCCAGCACCCGUCAAGGCCGUCGACAAGCCCGUUCAGCGCACCGGAAAGCGCAAUGCUGGCCCCGAACCAGCGGCCGACCCCCUCCGCUCAUCGGCAGGUGGACGUGGUGGAAGAGAUGGUGGCGCAGUGAACAACCGCGAACAGGGCGACCGCCCCGCGCGCAACAGAGAGCCGCGUGAGUACCGCGGCGGCGAGGGACGUGGCGAGGGACGUGGACGUGGUCGUGGACGCGGACGAGGUGGACGCGGCGGCGCACCACGCGACGACCGCCACAGCCACACCGGCAUCAACGAGCACGAGAAGCAAGCCGCGCACGGCUGGGGCGCCGAGACUGGCACUGCCGAGUGGGCUGACGAGAAGGCUGGCGAGGCCAUUGCCAAUGCCGAGGCCAACAACGAGCCUGGCYUCACCGCAGACAUCAGCGCUGGCGAUCCAGCAUUUUCCAACGGCCCUGGUGCAGCUGGAGAAGCUGUCAACGACGACGCCGCAGCAGAGCCGGAAGACAACACCAAGUCCUACGACCAGUACCUCGCCGAGCAGGCCGAGAAGCGGCUGGCUAUCUCUCAGACCCUGUCGGUCCGCAAGCCCAAUGAGGGCUCGAAGCAGCAAUUCCCCGAGGGCAAGGCCUUCUCACGCGAGUCGGAAGACUUUAUUGCCGCCGCUGCUGGCAAGGCUCGCAAGGCCAAGGAGGCUCAGGACAAGAAGGAGCGACUCACCCUCGAUGGCCAGUACUACCAAGCAGCGGAUUCUGGCGACCGUGGUGGCCGAGGAGGUCGCGGUGGACGUGGCGGCGCGCGCGGCGGACGUGGCGAGUUCAGGGGAGAGCGUGGAUCUCGCGGCGGUCGUGGUCGUGGCGAGCCCAGAGGAGGUGCCCGCGGCGAUGCUCGUCCAGAGCGGGGCAGCGCACGCGGUGCCUUCAAUGCUACCGACGCGUCUGCUUUCCCAGCCCUCGGUGGGUCAUAG